AUGAAGGCUCUGCUCCCUGCUUUGAUCCUCGUGGGUCUGUCAUCUGCCAGCCCUGUCUUGGACAACGAGGCGCGGCAGAACGGAGGCGUCGGCAAUGGCCCUUUUGCACCAGCCGGCUACUACACGACCAACGCGCUCGGUGGCCACACCUUCUUCGCGCCUACGUCCGCCCCUCCAAACGUCAAGCUCCCCGUCCUCGUCUGGGGCAACGGCGCGUGCUCGGCCGACUCCCUAGGCCAGGCGCCCUUCCUGACCCAGCUGGCGUCGUACGGCGUGCUGGUCAUCGCGAGCGGCACGCCCCGCGGCGGCGGCAGCACCACAGCCGACACGAUGAAGCAGUCGAUCGACUUCAUCACGCGCAACGCCGGGCAGGGCCAGUUCGCCAACGUCGACGCGUCGCGCAUCACGGCCGCCGGGUUCAGCUGCGGCGGCGUUGAGGCCUAUGCCCAGAUCAACGAUGCACGCGUCCAGCACGUCGGCAUCUGGAGCUCGGGCCUGCUGAGCGACUACGACGCGGCCCGGAGCUUCCGCAAGCCGGUGUUCUUCUUUCUCGGAGGGCUCAGCGACAUUGCCUACCAGAACGGCGAGCGCGACUACAGCUACAUGCCCUCGGGUGUGCCCAAGUGGAAGGGCAAUCUUGAUGUGGGCCACGGCGGGACUUAUGGCGACUACAACGGCGGCAAGUUUGGCGUUAUUGGGGGUUAUUGGGUGCAGUGGAUGAUGCGCGGGAACUCGUCUGCCGCGGCGUAUCUAACUGGCAGCGGAGCGAGGAAUGACGGCUGGUCGGUGGUGCAUGCGGAUCUGGAUAGGCUCAGUGUCACGCCCAUUGGGGACGGCUCCGGUGGCGGCGGCGGCUCUAGUACCACGACUUCGGCCGGCGCAGAGCCAACUGGUGGCGGCAACGGCGGCGGUAGCUGCUCAGUGCUUUACGGGCAGUGCGGAGGCCAGGGCUGGAAUGGGCCGACGUGCUGCUCGCAGGGGACCUGCAAGUCCUCGAACCCGUGGUAUUCGCAGUGCUUAAACUGA